GGGUGGUCCACGGAGUCUGAGAAAGAGAGAGGGAAGGAGAGAGAAAGAGAGAGGUCCUUUGCACAUACUUCUUACCUCGACUUACGGGACUCGGUUAACGAAUGUGGCUCGCAUUUUUUUGCACUCAUCGCCGGUUUUUUUCCCCCAACUCCGGGGAAAGUUUUCAAGGGAGCGGGAUCCUAAGACCAUAAGGCGGAGAGCGUAACUGAGGAGGAUCCAGUAAGGUUGCGGGUAACCUAGCAGUCCUCUAUCUGCAUCUAAGCUUGGUGCCAACACGAAAAGUAAAAGGGGGCUUUAUUGGAAAUUCUCUAACCCCCAGCGGGACGCACGCCGCCUUUUCUCCAAAAUUCUCUCCGAGAAACCUGAAUUUCCUGGGAUCAAGUCGAGGCCAUCAACAGAUGCAGAAGAUAGCAACUCUCAUCUGAAGGGCUCGACGGUGCAAUCCCACGGUGCCCGGCACCAAUGCCAGAGGGCAUGCAGCCGCACCAAGGCCUGUGUCACUAUGAGUCUCCACCUCACCAGCCAUCCAGAGGCUUGGCGCCUUCGGGAAGACCAACAUACAGCGACCUUUCCACGCUGCGGGCACCGGCACACAACGGGCAGCCCCAAGAUGGCCGCGCCUUGUACCCCCUGACCCCUAGCAUGACCCCAGGGUCCUGCAUGGACCCCUACAUGCGGCCCAUGCACGGCCACCCUUCAAAUGGCAUGCUGGGGCACCGUGGCAUGCAGGCCGCAGAUGGAGGUAUUGCUGGGUCGUGCUGCAGCCAGAACAACCUGAUGUCCUCCCACAACAGCUUCUCUCUGGGCCAGCUGGGCUCUGAGAGCAUGGGGGCGGGUGACGGGUCGCGCUUCCCCACGCCGCGCUCCAUGCUGAGGCUGAGCAAGAAGCGAGCGCUGUCCAUCUCGCCACUGUCCGACACCAGCCUGGACCUGCAGACCGUCAUCCGCACCUCUCCCAACUCGCUGGUGGCCUUCGUCAACUCGCGCUGCGGCCCCAACAGCGCCGGUUCUUACGGGCAUCUGUCGGUGGGCACCAUGAGUCCAUCGUUAGGCUACUCCAGCUCAGGAACCUACCAACCCCGGCCGCAGGGGAACACGUUCAACUCGGGCACUCCCCUGGGGCAUCCGCAUGGACCGUGCCACCCAGCUCCCCCUCGGCUGGUCCCUCACAAUCCAAGGGUCCACGCCUCUCCAAAGCACUGCCACAUGAAGACCGAGCCUGUAAUGGGCAGCGUGAUGGACAACUUGAGUGGGAAGGGCUUGGACGACAGGUCAGAGGCUGACGUGGCCAGUCCAUCCUCCACUGGUACCCAGGACCCGCUCCUAGGGCUCCUGGAGGGUCGCGAGGAGCUGGACAAGGAGGACGGCAAGCCUGAGCCAGAGGCCGUCUAUGAAACCAACUGCCACUGGGAGAGCUGCAGCAAGGAGUUCGACACCCAGGAGCAACUGGUGCACCACAUCAACAACGAACACAUCCACGGGGAGAAGAAGGAGUUUGUGUGCCACUGGCAGGACUGUUCGCGGGAACAGCGCCCCUUCAAGGCCCAGUACAUGCUGGUGGUGCACAUGAGGAGGCACACGGGCGAAAAGCCACACAAGUGCACGUUCGAGGGCUGCCACAAGGCCUACUCACGCCUAGAGAACCUGAAGACCCACCUGCGCUCGCACACCGGCGAGAAGCCAUACGUCUGCGAGCACGAGGGCUGCAACAAGGCCUUCUCCAACGCCUCGGACCGCGCCAAGCACCAGAACCGCACGCACUCCAACGAGAAGCCGUACGUGUGCAAGAUCCCGGGCUGCACCAAGCGUUACACGGACCCAAGCUCCCUGCGGAAGCACGUGAAAACGGUGCACGGACCAGAGGCUCACAUCACCAAGAAGCACAGGGGGGACAUGGGUCCCAGGGCACCUGGCUCCAUGCUGCCCUCCAGUGGCCAAUGUUCAGAGCUGCACCUGGAGAAAGAGGAAGGCCGUAGGGAGGACUGCAAACUGCUGGCUCCAGAAGUUUCCCUGAAGUCCCAGCCAAGCCCAGGGGGACAGUCGUCUUGCAGUAGCGAGCGUUCACCACUGGGGAGCACCAACAACAACGACAGCGGAGUGGAAAUGAACGCCAAUCCUGGGGGCAGCCUGGAGGACCUGACGGCCCUGGAGGAGGGGGGGGUGGGCGCAGCUGAGGCCGGCGGUCUCAUCGGGAUGUCGGGGAUGGGGAUGUCGGCCCAGGCGCUGAAGCGGCUGGAGAACCUGAAGAUAGACAAGCUGAAACAGAUCCGGCGUCCAACGCCACCCGGAGGACGGGGCGGGACCUGCAACAACAAGCUGCCUGCGCUCACAGCUCCUGGAGAUCUACUUGGGAUGUGCCCCCCCCCAUCCAUGCUGUCGAACCGGCGUGUGAUGGAACUGUCCAAUCCAGAGGCAGGAGGCAUCCCAGGGGGCAUGGCCUGCCCACCCAAUGACAGGCGUGGCAGUGGCACCAGCAGCCUGAGCUCCGCCUAUACCGUGAGCCGUCGCUCCUCCAUGGCCUCCCCAUACCUUUCCAGCCGCCGCUCCAGUGAGGUGUCCCAGGUGGGCGGUUUGCCAGGCCAGAGCCAGUCAGAUCCCCUGUCCCCAGGGACGGGCCGCCGGACGGGGUCAUGCCGCGAGGGCGGGGGCCUGCCGGGCCUCCCCAACCUCACCCCGGCGCAGCAUUACAGCCUGAAGGCCAAGUACGCCGCAGCCACUGGUGGGCCACCUCCCACUCCCCUGCCCUGCAUGGAGCAGCCGGGCCCCCCCAGGGCCGUGGGGGGCUUCAUGUCUGAGUUCCAGGGCCAGCCAAUGCCACCAUUCCUCCACCAGGGCGCCCCCCGCAGGCACAGCACCAACACCGAGUAUGGCACCGGGGUCAUGUACCCCCACCAGGCACCGGGCAAUGGCGUGCGGCGUGCCAGCGACCCCGCCCGUUCCGGAGGCGAGCCGCCACCCCUGCCUCGGGUCCAGCGAUUCAGCAGCCUCUGCGACGUGGCGGCGGCUGCCGGCCGGCGAGGGGGGGUGGGGCUACAGCACGGCAUCUCAGACAGCACCGUCGCCCGCCGCAUGUAUUCGCCACGACCACCCAGCAUCUCCGAGAACGUCCUGAUGGAGGCCAUGGCUGUGGAGAUGGCGUCUGGCGAGGGCCCGUAUGGCGGGUACCAGCAGGGCCCGUCUACGGCGUUAUCGCCCGGCCAUGAGGGCACUGGCUGCUCUGAGCAGGUCUAUCACAUGCCAGGGCACUAUCAGCGCCGGCACGGGGGUGUGGGCGCAAUCAGGGGUGGCCCUUUGGGGCAGGCCGAGGUGGGGCAGGCCGAGGCAGCCUCGAACAGCCUCCUGCAGCAGGCCGAGUACAGCAUGAGCACCUGCCAGCUGAGCCCGUCUGGGCCACAGUACACCAGCCGGGUCCAAAUAGGAGAGGGUAUGGCCACCCCCUGGGGAGACCCCGGACGGCCUACCGUGGACCAGCCGCCCCUGCAGUACCAGGGCCAUGGGAUGCAAGUGCCACCGGGACCCCACUACGGGCAGCCCGGCACGUUCAGGAACCCCUCCUCAGGCCAGAAGCCGGCCAUCAAGCCUGAGCAGCAGUACCACCCAUCCUUAGCCGGUCCAAACUCCUGCCAGAACCAAGGCCCGGCCCAGGCCUAUGGGCAGCAGCAGCCGAGCCAUUCCAGCUGCGAGAUCCAGCCUCCGUUAGACUCCCAACAGCACCCAGGCUCCUACCCUGGCUCAGGGGGGCUGAGCCUGGGCUGCACCGGGGCCCCCCUGGGCGACGGUCACCGCUCCCAGACGCCCAUGAUGCAGGUGAAGGAGAUGAUGGUGAGGAAUUACGUGCAGUCGCAGCAGGCCCUGAUGUGGGAGCAGCAGCAGGAACAAGGCAGCCCAGACCUCGCCGGCAUUGCCGGGAAGGCCCUCCAGCAGCCGAGCCUGGCGGACAGCAUGGAGAUGGGCGGGCACAUUCCCAUGAUGCAGCACAGCCCCCAGCACCAGCAGCACCAGUCUCAGGGCCUCUACCCCGGCACUGGCUACCCAGCCUACCCCAACCAGAACCUGAUGAGCCCGGGCCCGGUGCAGGCCAAAGACGCUCUCCUGAGCCCCUGCUACGCCUCCAACGCGCCGAUUCCACGCCCCCCCCAGGGCCGGAAGCCGCUGAGCCGUCAGAACAGCCUGCCUCAGCAGUCCGGGGCGGGAUACCUUGCUAGCCCGCCUCACCUCAGCCCAGCCAGCUCCUCAGCCAGCCCCCGCAGAGGGGUACGCCUCCCCCCCAUGCAGCAACAGCUCCAGGCCGACAGCAGCGCCAUGUACUACUCGGGCCAGAUCCACCUGCAGCCGGACCUGAACAAGCAGCUGCCCCAGCAGCCUGCCCAACCCGGAACCUGCCUCAACCAGCCGACUCUGGGGGCCCUGGAGACCGAGGCCAGGUCGGCCUCCCUCUCUUACCCGGAGCCGGCACCCAUGUCCAACGCCCUGGAUAACCUGGACUUGGAGAACGCACAGAUUGACUUCGCCGCCAUCAUGGACGACCCCGACACAGCAUCAUACAGCCCCCUGCCCCCACUGCAGGGCCCUAACCCGUCCUCAUCCCAGACCUCCUCACGUCUCACCACACCACAGACCUCCCUCAGCCUCUCCACCGGGCUCUCCAACAUGGCUGUGGGUGAUAUGACCUCCAUGCUGACCUCCCUGGCUGGGGAGAACAAGUACCUGAACACCUUAACCUAGAGAGGGACCACCAGAGGCAUUGGUAGGGGGACCCUCGCUUGGCUAGGACUGGCGAAACAUUAAAAACAAGGUAAACCAAAGGUAGAGAAACACUCCCACUGGUACUGAGGCCUUGACUCAGAGGUACCAUUCAGAGGGCAGCAGCCUGCCUCUUCACCUCAUUCUCAUACUGCCUCGAAGCAGUGAGUCGGUUGCCAGUUAGUAACUGGACAUCCCUCGCCGGGGAGGAUUGCAGGCGACGGUGGCACUGAAAGCUUAUAUGCUUAGAAGACGUAUGUUUGAAUGUAAAUAAGGUUUGUUUGCUGUGUAUGUGUCGACAGCGAGAAGCAGAGCCGUGUUCCUGAGGGAACGGCAAUGCUUCCUCGUGCCUUUUUGUUUAUUUAGAGAAUUGGAAAAAAGAUAAACUUUUAUCAUGAAGAAUAAGCACGGGCUGACCGCAAAGCGCUGGCAAUUGCACCCGAUGAGGUAAAGGAUUGUCAGCAUUUGGCACAUUCAAAAUUCUGGGCCGUCAUCAAGGCCAGCAGAGAAGGCGUGCGCCUCCUUCCCUUCCUCUGUGCUUUCGGGCAACAUCCCCUAUAUCGAGCAGCCGGGGGAGGCGAUCGCCAGUGAAGUGCCUUUGCUUCCUUGUGGGUAAGUGCCUUUUCUCAAUGGCGGUCAUCGGAAACCUCCGGGCAACACGUAAGGCAAUUGGAUGCCUGUUAGCGCCUUCAGGGAACAGUGCAAAUUAACUCAGCAUAAAAUGCGGGCGAAUUUCAUUAAUUGCACAGGAUCGGGGCUUUGCAAAGAGUCGGCCAGCACCUGUGUCCAUUUUUAAAAGCGGCUCAUGGUGUCAUAGCUCAGCUGCUGAGUCACCCCCCCCCCACUACACACACACACACACACACACACACACACACACACACACACACACAAUAACACCUGCAUCGUUAGCUGUUAGCCAGCAUACCGACUCGCCGGUUUUUUCCUGUGCGAGAUGGCCGGAAGUAGAACUGUGAAUUUACUCAGGAUUUAAAACAUGUUCUGCUUCACCACUGAAAACAGCCACAGCCUUUAAAAAUGAUUCCAUAGGUCCGAAGCUCGUCAGCCGCACAACCCCGUUUCAGUGACAUCACCAGGGUAAAUACAACCUAUGUUACAAAAAUCUUCCUGUUCCUGGCCAGCCAAAGAUCACCUUAAUUGAACCUUAGCAGGAAAUAAAGCACGUGAAUCAUUGAAGUACAUUUUAAUUACAAUGUGCGUUAAAAAAGCAAUGUUUUGAAAUGCCGUUGGAUAGCAUUUGAUAAAUGUCAUGUAUUAAAGGCUGUUCCUUUGUAUUACUAUAAUCCUUGCUUUAGAGUAUUUGUCUAUGUGUGUUUUCAUAUCUUUUACUGUCCACUCAAACUUUUGUUUUGCUGGCAAAAAAACCAUUAUGUACCAUAACAUAAACAACCUAAGUAGCAUAUACUACAUCUAUACAGGAAAGCCAAGUGAUAUAUAUUUUUUCCUACCAUUUUCUAUGUUUUUAUACUAAAUGUAUUAUAUUUUACUGGUUUAUAAAUGGCCGUCACCCUGAAUAGGAUAAGCGGUUACAGAAAAUGGA